UUCACAAACAAUACUUCCAAGAUGAAAAAGUUAGCAGCAUGGGACUUCAAAGAUAUAUUACAGUGUGCUAUCCCAGUUUUCGAAGGGUUGUUUCCUGCCAAUCAUGACAGAGUCGUGCAGUCUUUGCUGUAUCGGUUUGCGCAGUGGCACGCACUCAUCAAGCUCAGGAUGCACUCAGGCUCUAUGGUGACUUUUCUGGAAGAUACAUUCAAGAAACUCUCUCAGAUGUUGUGGAAAUUUCAAUGCGAUACCUGUGCUACCUUCAAUACUACAGAGUUACCAAAGGAGAAAGCAGCUCAUCAACGAAGGUUCACUGAACAGUCCAGGACUAAUGUAACUUCUGCAGACUUGAGCAGGCCGAGGGCAAAGAAAUUCAACCUGAACACCUACAAAUUUCAUGCGAUGGCAGAUUAUGCGAGAUCUAUUAGAUUCUUUGGGACCACAGAUUCCUUCACUACUCAAAUGGUA